UAUGAAUUGCAUAUGCAGCUCCAGCCAUGGUAUUCUCGUGAGAGAGGCAAAGGCUGGGGGACCGGAAUUGUGAUCAAGAAAAUGAAAUAAAAUAUCCAAAAGAGGACUUUCUUAGCCUAGACAGCUUUCUACUUCCUUUUCCCACCAUUUUCAUUUUAUGUGAAACUAAACUAACCCCACUCUAGCUCUUAUCUCUUGCUUGUAAUAGUGACUGUAACUUGUUUUACUCUUCUGCAACUAUUGGUGUUUCUUCUCAUCAUAGGAGGCCUAGUUGCUAGGUGGUCUGGGCUAGGGUAGAUCAGUAGAUGGUCACAUGAAAUAUCAUUUGUAGUUGUUUGCUGGAUUUUGUGGAAUUGGAUAGUGUGAGACCUGAUUGCCUGUAAAGAUGUAUUCUUUUGAGAAUCUUUCCCGUUUUCUUCAUGCCUGUUACUCUUUUCUUGAUUUCUUAUCUGUGGUUUCUUAAUUUUGCUUUCACAUUUAUCUGGCAGAUUUUCAAAGUGGAAAAGGUUCCCCUUUAAGAAGCAUUCGUUCAAUUUUCUAUAAAUUAAUUGGGUUCGGUUACAGCGAGUUUACUAGUAUGGUCAUACUAGUUGUGAGAUGAUCACAGGCAUUAAUGAGUUUUAGUUUGCUCGAUUUGGAUGGAUGUAUGUGAGUCAGAGAAAGCAGUAGGGAAGCAAUUUAUAACUGUGACUUUGAGGCCACCACUUGUUUCAGCUGACAAAAAGAAUGGCGCCCCCACUCGGAGGUCCCGAACGAGAGAGGUCAGCUCGAGGUACAUGUCGCCGAGGCGAUCUGCUGAAUCUGUUCCGAAGCGCUGCCCCUCACCAAAUGCCGGAAGGGCAUCCACCCCCUUAAACGUGUCAUUGCCAAAGAGAGCUGUAUCGGCUGAAAGAAGACGCCCGACUACACCAUCAUCACCACGUAGUCCUUCUCCAUCAACACCGGUUCGGGACACAGCUGCAGCAAUGUUAGUGACACCAAGAAAGGCAUCGGUUAACAAAUCAUUGCCAGAGUCUUUAUGGCCAUCUACAAUGAGAAGUCUCAACGUUUCUUUACAGCCCGAUGUCGUUGGUGCUCCAAGUGGUAAGGGCGAAACACCAACUGCAAGGAAGCCCACACCAGAGAAGAAGAGAAGCCCUCUCAAAGGAAAGAAUUCUUCUGAUCAGUUGGAGAACUCUAAGCCUGUUGAUAGUUUCCAUUCUUCUCCGCUAGAUCAACAUCGAUGGCCGAGCAGAACGAGUGGGAGAGCAUCCUCUAUCCCUAGCAGAAGUUUUGUUACUGAUAAGGUCAACCAAACUCCGUCUUUAUCUGAUUCUAGGAUUGUUACUAGGCCUUCCCUGAGGAGAUUAUCUGUGGAUAGGACAAACAGACCUGUAAGGAAAAGUGCAACUGGUCUUUUAAUGCCCGCAUCUCACUUUGAGAGUGAAAAACAGAUGUUUUGUGGAAGUGCAUUUCAUGAUGGUUCACAAAAGUUACAGAGGCCUUCUUCUUCGAGUUCAUCGGAAAGGGCGUCAUUAAUGAGUGCAGCAGCUAGGAUUCAGUCAUUACCAAUCCCUAGAUCACGCCCCUCAUCACCCUCAGUGUCCAGAGGGGUCAGUCCAUCACGAGGCAGGAUUGGUAACCCGUCUUCUAGAGGUACUAGUCCUGCUAGGGUGAGGCCAUCAAGCCCGGCCAGACAACCUCAGGAUACUUCUGUACUUAGUUUUAUUGCCGAUAUUAAGAAAGGAAAGAAGGCUGCUAAUGACAUUGAAGACGUCCAUCAGCUGAGGCUGUUGUUUAAUAGACAUUUGCAAUGGCGAUAUACAAAUGCGAGGACUAAUGCUGCAAUGCGUUCUCAUAAAGCAAAAGCAGAGAAAAUGUUAUACAACAUAUGGAUGAUAAUCUUAGAUCUGUCGGAUUCAGUCAGAAAGAAAAGAUCUAACCUCCAGCAGCUGCAGCUUAAGUUGAAGCUCUACUCACUUUUGGUCAAUCAAGAGAGUUAUCUUCAUGAGUGGGCUUCAAUUGAGAGGGAUCAUACUAACUCAAUAACCCGGGUCAUCCAAGAUUUGCAGGCUAGCACUCUUCGGAUUCCAGUCGCUGAAGGAAUGAAGGUAGAUAUUAGAUCUGUCAAGGGAGCUAUAUGCUCUGCUGUUAAUGUGAUGAGCUCUAUGGCGUCCUCUUUAAGCCCCCGUCUCCAGAAGAUGGAGGAUAUGAACUCCUUAGUGUCGGAACUUGCUGAUGUGGCAGCACGUGAAAGAGCGAUGCUUAAUGAAUGUGAAUCACUUUUUGGUUCCAUAGCAGCUUUGCAGGUGGAAGAAGACAGCCUGAGAACUCAUCUCUCGCAGCUGAAGCAAUCUUGGAGAGGUGAAAUACAACAUUAUCUCUAUGGUGAAGUGUAUAUGAAUGCUUCUGCCUAAUAUAUAUUUUUUUAAUUUUUAGCUAAAGUUUUAGGUUGCUUUUAUUUUUUUCUUCCUUAGAAUAGUGUUCUCCACAUGUAUUUAUUUUGUAAAAAAAGAGAGAAUGUGAAAAGAAAGCAUUGAUCUAUUUUUUUUUAAUCGUAUCAUUUCAUACAUAUGGCAUCUACUAAUCGAUAAUGUUCAACAUGGAUCGAGAGAUUGAAAUAUAUAAAGAAUAUUGAAGGCUAUAAUUGAGUUUUGAGAAGUAUGGACUGUAUUGUGUUGUGCAUCUUGGUAAUUUUAGAAGAGGAUAAUAUAAAUAAAAUCAUUUCUAAUAUUAUAAAUUCACAUUCCAUUAAUUUUCUCUUCUUUAUAUUUUUCAAAACUAGUACCGAAUCACGAAAGGUUAUUGGGCCUUAUCUGAAUCGGAGAGUCGAGCCGGUUUUCAAAUUUUAAAAAUUUGUCACCUUAGGCCGGCCCAUUUCACUCGAGCAUAAAUGCAAAUAUUUUCUUUCAAGCAUUUAUUUACAAGCGAUUUCAGUCAUCUCUUCAAUGAAUUUGACUGCAUUUCUCUAAUUCUCACACAGAGAGGGGAAAUUAGUUAAGUUAGCAGAGUAUUCGGCCGCAUUUUGAUUCCUCGGCAGCGAGCUCCGAUCUUCCCCUGUUGCCUCCCCUUGGCGGUAUCGCUACAUCUUAGCUCACUUCCCUCAACGUCGGUUUUUACCUAUUCUUAUCAGAUCUAGGGUUUUUUAUCUGUUCAUAAUGUAUUUUUCGAAAUAAAGUUGUUUUACGCUGUGUAUCUUGGUUUAGUUAAUUUUAAUUGUGCAGAUGCUUCUGAUUAUCUGUGAAUUGUUACGCAUGAUAUUUUCGUAUGGUAUGAGUUCCUCAGCAUGUAUGAUAAAUUUUAGAUUGAUAAACUGAUGUGUUCGGUGAAGAAUUUUUACUCGAAUAAUGCGCGCCAUAAUGUUAAAAAAUUAUUCAUUUCAGAAUUUAUGUUAGUAUUUGUCCAUCUCCUUGUGUGUCCUUAAGAUUUCCUGAUGAUGCUUUCAAAUAAGAUGGGAAUGUGCAUGUGAAAAUAUGUGUUUAAAGCUGCACUUGAAGUUGCAAUGUUAAAUUAGUAAUCCUUCGAGAUUUUUGAUGUCCGACUUGCAUGUCAUCGUUGCAAGUUACACAUUUUUUUCUUCGCGUCUAUAUUAGGUUAAUAAAGAGUUCAUAUAUUCUAUAAACAAGUCAUCACUUUGGUAAUCCUGUAAUAUCAGAUUGACAUGACAGUCUUGUUUAGUUGCUCGUCCUAAUUCUUGGCAGUGCACUUAAGGAGUGUGUUUGCUGUAAAUAUGGACCUAAAUCAAUGUGUAGGCUUUAUGUGGAAGACUGGAUGUGCAAGAAGAACUGCUUUCCUGUAAAGAAAUCUAUGGAUAUGAUACUUUGUAUUUAGCUUGAAAUUCUUGUCCUAAUUCUUGGCAGUGCACUUAAGUAGUGUAUUUGCUGUAAACAUGGACGUAAAUCAAUAUGUGGGCAUAAGAUGGAUGUGCAAGGAAUUGCAUGUCCAUAAAGAAACCUAUGGCUAUGAUACUUGGUAUUUUUAGCUUGAAAUUUUUGUUCUAAUUCUUGGCAUUGCACUUAAGGAGUGUGUUGCUGUAAAUAUGGACGUAAAUCAAUAUGUAGGCUUUAGGUGGAUGACUGGAUGUGCAGGAACGGCAUCUCCAUAAAGAAACCUAUGGAUAUGAUACUUGUUAAUUUUAGCUUGAAAUUCUUGUCCUAAUUCUUGGCAGUACACUUAAGUAGUGUGUUUGCUGUAAACAUGGACGUAAAUCAAUAUGUUGGCGUAAGAUGGAUGUGCAAGGAACGGCAUAUCCAUAAAGAAAUGUAUGGAUAUGAUACUUGGUAUUUUAGCUUGAAAUUCUUGUCCUAAUUCUUGGCAGUGCACUUAAGGAGUGUAUUUGCUGUAAAAUAUGGACAUAAAGCAAUACAUAGGCUUUAGGUGGGUGUGCAAGAAGAACAGCAUGCGCAUAAAGAAACCUGUGGAUAUGAUAAUUGGGAUUAAGCUUUUAAUAAUGACUUUCUUAGCUGGAUUUGUGCUCAAUGAGGUUUAGUUUCUGUUUAGCCUCAUAUCAUGUGAAGCUACUCUUGGCAUGACAUGCUUGUGGUGAACACGUAGCUUAUUUUUCUUCAUACACUGGAUUCAUGCUUCUGGCGAAUUAGAAUAAUUACAGUUUUCUCCAAUUUUUGUUGAAAUAGUGGUUUUUUACCUAUAAUCUGGACCUUUUCCUGGUACCCUCUGUUACUCAACUACAAUUUCGAAGCCCGAUGAGGCAAUGACUUAAGAGGAAGACAGUGUCGCUUCUUGAGGAAUACUUCAGCGUCCGACUUUUGGAUGAGGCUUUGCAAUGCGUUAAAGAGUUGAAGUCCCCUGCCUAUCACUCUCAGGUUGUCAAAGAGGUGAUUUCACUUGUGUCCAACCUAUUGGUCUACUGCUAGAAUAAAUGUUUGUGAAAAAGGUCCUUGACGUUACUGGAUUCCUCCUAUAAUUAUAUGCCUGCAUCACUUAAUGAUCUCGCUAUUGAUUUGCCAAAAGUGCCUGCCAAUUUUGGCGAGACCAUCGGGAUACUAGUUGUGGCCGGAUGCUUGUACUUGAAGGUCUAUCUUGAGUUUUACUUCAAUCUUCAAUGAGAUGUUUAGAAGAAUCUGCUGUAUAACUUAAAAUGUAUAUUGCACAGAAAAUUGUAGGGAUAGUUUGAAAUCAGAUUUUCUUUAAUAUUUCAGUUCCAUAUAUCAUCAUUCUAUAGUUGGCGAGA